AUGAGCCCCAUAGACGACAUGUACGAGAUCGCCUAUUAUAAGACGGGGUUAUCGUCCCACGUUCGUAGCAACCCGCAUCAGAGCCUCAUGCAAAGCAUCCAGAACGACCAAAUACUCGAAUACCCUGAAAAAAUGUGCAUCGGCAAUAGGGAGGCAUUUCAAAUGAAGGAUAGGCUUGAUCAGGCGCUCGGGAGGCUUGACGAAUUCGACGAGGAGUUUCGAACGACCAAGGCCAGGUUUGAAGCUAACGAUGAGGAGCUUCGAACGACCAAGGCCAGGCUUGAAGCUAACGAUGAGGAGCUUCGAACGACCACGGCCAGGCUUGAGGAGCUUGAAAAAAGGGAUCGGGAACAAGAGGAUGCACUCAUUCUACUCCGCAUGAGAGCAUGCGAGGAUAGGUAUGCCGUCCAACGCAAUCAUCAAGCGGAUCGAUCGGUUAAACAAGGCGGGAAUCGAGUCGCACACGGGGGAAAUAUUGUUUUCGACUUGAAAGCAAUCGAGUACGCUUGUAGAACUGGGGCAAACCACUGCCAGGACUACAAGACUGAUUUUGGCGCGGUUUAUUGGAUACCGUUUGAUCGAGCAGUGACCUCGAUUAAAACCUUUCCAAGGGAACUGAUCAGAAUCUGCAAUACUGUGGCUUCAGUUGAAGAGUUGUAUCAAUAUCGAAACAGCAAAUAUCAGACCGAUCGCAACGCAGCAAUCAAUUUCGGAGCCGGUAUUAUUCAAGAUGCACUGCAAGCCAUUGACAGCGGCGAUCUAUCACCUUUUCGAGACGGUGCUGGGCUGGCUGCCAAAGUCCAGCAAUUCGAUGUGAUGGUGAAUAAUCUUUGA